AUGUUCCCCAUCAUCGCCGCCGGAGUUCCCUUCACCACGUCCUCGGAUCUCAAACGACGGCGUCCCGUCCUCCUUCGUCUUCGUCGUCGGAGGAACCGUCUCGUGAAAUCGGACAAGAUCCGCAGCCUGGAGGAGAUCUACCUCCCGAAUCUCGACCCCGCCGAUGCCAUGUUUGCCGUCACUGCUGGUAACGUUACCCUUCUGAGCAACUUUAGUGCUUAUCAGACUGCUAAAGCUCUCAACUUCGCUUACCUUAUUAGAGAAUACUGUGUGAAUGUUUCGUCGACUGAGCUGAAACUUACUUUCACUCCUUCGAAGAAUUACUCGAAUGCGUAUGCUUUUAUUAAUGGGAUUGAGAUCUUGUCGAUCCCUGAUCUGUUUAGUGAUGGUUUGGGACAGCCGAAUUUGAUUAAUGGGGGGACCCCUCAGCCUUAUUCGAUUGCGCCGCAAUGGGCUCUUCAGACUGUUUAUAGGCUGAAUGUUGGUGGGCAGGCUAUUUCGCCUCCGGGUGAUUCGGGGUUGUUUAGGUCUUGGGAUGAUGAUUCUCCUUACAUUUUUGGAGCUGGGUUUGGUGUUACUUAUUCUGCUGACCCCAAUGUGACGAUUGAUUAUGAUGCGAAUUUGCCUGCCUAUAUUGCGCCGAAUAAUGUGUAUGGGACUGCGAGAUCGAUGGGUCGAACUGUAUCGGUGAAUAGAAACAGUAAUCUCACUUGGGUAAUGUCUGUGGAUGCUGGGUUCUACUACUUGGUGAGGCUACAUUUCUGUGAGAUUCAGUAUCCUAUGACGAAGCCGAACCAGAGGGUGUUUGAUAUUUUCGUUAACAAUCAAACUGCACAAGUGGGAGCCGAUGUAAUUCUGUGGAGUGGUGGAAUUGGGCAUCCUUAUUACGUCGAUUAUGUCGUGAUUACGACGGGGACAGGGAUGAUGGAUCUCUGGGUCGAUCUUCAGCCUGAUGACCAGACAAAGCCGGAGUAUCUUGAUGCAAUCUUGAAUGGAAUGGAGGUGUUCAAGAUUGAGAGUGAUGGCAAUCUUGCUGGGCCGAAUCCUGAGUAUCUACCUGAACCUGACCCUCAACCUGAUAAGGUUCUGGAUUCGAAGAAAGGGAAAUCUAAGAGUAAUGCCGGAGCGAUAGCUGGAGGAAUUGUUGGUGGUAUUGUUGCACUUGGGCUUGCAUAUUUCCUGGUGUUUAUUGUGUGCAAGAAGCAGAAGAGGAAGAGAGGGAAGGAUGCUAGCUCAAGCGACGGACCAUCGGGUUGGCUGCCAUUGUCUCUCUAUGGAAACUCUCACUCUGCAGGCUCUGCAAAGACUAACACGACUGGGAGCUAUGCCUCAUCGCUGCCCUCUAAUCUCUGCCGCCACUUUUCAUUUGCAGAGAUCGAAGCUGCCACCAAUGGCUUCGACGAAGCUCUUCUUCUCGGUGUUGGUGGGUUUGGCAAGGUCUACUGUGGCGAUAUUGAUGGUGGAUCGAUGAAAGUGGCUAUCAAGAGAGGAAACCCUAUGUCCGAUCAAGGAGUACAUGAGUUCCAAACCGAAAUUGAGAUGCUCUCGAAGCUCAGGCACAGACAUUUAGUUUCCCUAAUUGGUUACUGUGAAGAAAACCGAGAGAUGAUCUUAGUCUAUGACUACAUGGCUCACGGAACUCUCCGCGAACAUCUCUACAAGACUCAGAAACCUCCAAUGCCGUGGAGACAGCGUCUGGAGAUUUGUAUAGGCGCUGCUCGUGGCCUUCAUUAUCUCCACACAGGAGCCAAGCACACAAUCAUUCAUCGUGAUGUCAAGACCACCAACAUCCUCCUUGACGAGAAGUGGGUCGCUAAGGUUUCAGAUUUCGGGCUGUCAAAAACCGGCCCCACCCUCGACAACACCCACGUCAGCACUGUAGUUAAGGGCAGUUUUGGAUACCUCGACCCGGAAUACUUCCGUCGACAGCAGCUCACCGAGAAAUCUGACGUGUACUCCUUCGGCGUUGUUCUGUUCGAAGUCCUUUGUGCUCGGCCGGCGCUAAACCCAACUCUCCCCAAAGAGCAAGUGAGCUUGGCUGAAUGGGCAUUGCAUUGCCAGAAGAAGGGAAUACUCGACCAAAUCAUGGAUCCUUACCUCAAAGAGAAGAUUGCACCUCAGUGUUUCAAGAAAUUUGCCGAGACGGCAGAGAAAUGUGUGUCGGAUAACGGUAUUGAGCGUCCAUCGAUGGGCGACGUGUUGUGGAACCUGGAGUUUGCGCUGCAGCUGCAGGAGAGCGCGGAGGAGAGCGGAGCUGUUGUUGGAGAUGAAGGGGUUCCUUUGGUGAAAGGAGGGAAGAAGGAUGUGAUCGAUCCGUCGAUGGACCACUCGACGACCACCACGACGACCACGACGACGACAACAAUGAGUAUUGGAGGGAGGAGUUUGAACAGUGAGGAUUCUGAUGGGUUGACGCCCAGCGCGGUUUUCUCCCAGAUCAUGAACCCGAAAGGACGGUGAGAAAUUUGAUGCCGUGUUGGUUAUUGUUUUUACAGUUUUAGUCUUCGAAAAUAUUGGAAGAUUAAGGUAAAUUUGAGUACUUUAGCUAUUUAUUUUCUCUGUUUAUUCAGUUUGUUGAUGUAAUAUUUUUUAGAAUGGAAUUCGCUAUGAUCUUUUCAUUGAGUAUUGUUUGCGGUGUAUGUAUUGUAUCU